AUAGCGGGGUGAAUAUAAAAUUGCGAACUAACAUUACUCGUUAGUAGCUGGACUUACAAAGAUCUCAACAUGAGCUAUACAAACGCAGAAAAUGUAGUGCCUACAAGCACGUUUUCUGCGAUCAACCUCUUCUAUGUGUUACUUGUGCCGGCCGUAAUCCUCUGGUACGCCUACUGGCGAAUGUCAAGGCGGCGGUUGUAUGAGCUUGCUGACAAACUAAAUGGGCCUCCAGGACUUCCGUUACUCGGGAACGCCCUGGAAUUCGUCGGUGGAUCUGCUGACAUCUUCAGAAACAUAGUUCAGAAAAGCGCUGACUACGAUCACGAAUCCGUCGUUAAGAUCUGGAUAGGACCUCGUCUCCUCGUCUUUCUGUACGAUCCUCGCGACGUGGAAGUCAUCCUGAGUAGUCACGUUUACAUCGAUAAAGCUGAGGAAUACCGUUUCUUCAAACCAUGGCUCGGAAACGGUCUUCUUAUCAGUACUGGUCAAAAAUGGAGGUCUCAUCGUAAACUUAUCGCCCCCACAUUCCAUCUGAACGUUUUGAAGAGUUUCAUAGACUUAUUCAACGCCAACUCAAGAGCUGUUGUGGACAAACUUAAAAAGGAAGCUAGUAAUUUUGAUUGCCAUGACUACAUGAGCGAGUGCACGGUUGAAAUUUUACUGGAAACUGCUAUGGGUGUGAGCAAGAGUACACAAGAUCAAAGCGGAUUCGAAUAUGCUAUGGCCGUUAUGAAAAUGUGCGAUAUACUUCACUUGAGACACACAAAGAUUUGGCUGCGACCGGAUUUGUUAUUUAAAUUUACAGAUUACGCUAAAAACCAAACCAAGCUCCUUGAUAUAAUUCAUGGCUUGACUAAAAAGGUAAUAAAGAGGAAGAAAGAAGAAUUCGCAUCUGGUAAGAAGCCGUCCAAUUUGAAUGAAACUGCCACCACAAGCGAGCCGUCUACAGGGAAAUUGACUUCAGUGGAAGGACUUUCUUUCGGCCAAUCAUCCGGUCUCAAGGAUGACUUAGACGUUGACGAUGAUGUCGGACAAAAGAAACGUUUGGCCUUCCUUGAUCUGUUGCUGGAGAGUUCACAAAGUGGUGUGGCCAUUUCCGAUGAGGAAAUCAAAGAACAAGUAGACACUAUUAUGUUUGAGGGUCACGACACAACAGCUGCCGGAAGUAGUUUCUUCCUAUCAAUGAUGGGUAUUCAUCAAGAUAUACAAGACAAAGUCAUUGAAGAACUGGACCAGAUAUUUGGUGACUCAGAUCGCCCAGUUACGUUCCAAGACACUUUGGAGAUGAAGUACUUGGAAAGGUGCCUUAUGGAAACUCUGAGAUUAUACCCGCCAGUGCCGAUCAUCGCUCGGCAAGUUAAUCAAGAAAUCACCUUACCAUCCAAUGGAAAGAAAAUCCCAGCCGGAACAACAUUGGUGAUAGCUACAUAUAAACUUCAUCGCCGCCCUGACGUUUACCCAAAUCCAAACAAAUUUGACCCUGACAACUUCCUUCCGGAACGUUCCGCCAACAGACAUUAUUAUGCGUUCGUGCCUUUUUCAGCUGGACCAAGAAGUUGCGUUGGACGUAAAUACGCAAUGCUCAAAUUGAAGGUGAUCCUUUCUACAAUUUUGAGAAAUUUCCGAGUAAUAUCAGAUCUUAAAGAAUCAGAUUUCAAACUGCAAGCGGACAUCAUUCUGAAACGGGCCGAAGGAUUCCAAGUACGCUUACAGCCCCGCAAGAGAAUGGCCAAGGCUUAAAAUAAUAAUUUGAAUCCAAAAUUAAUAACCAGCAUGACCAAAUUAAUCACAACAAUACAUGAUAUAUCAAUCAAAUGUCUUUGUAAAUUUCAAGAUUUAAGUUAAUAAA